GGCUGCGGCUAGAAGCCGGGCUGCCGUUGCGGCCAACAGGAUCUCUCCCUGCGGUGCUCUGCCACGGUGGAACUGGACGCACUGAGCUUCAGCACCAGGUCACCAGCUUCCUUUCCCUUGCGGGGGCGUCGAGCUCGCGCGUUGCGCAGCGCGCGAGGGAAGAGGGCCGGGACCCCCCGGCUUACCCUACGCUGGGCGACCGGACAGCCCGGAGGUGAAUUGGGAUGAGCUUCCCAGCUCUGCGACUCCACUGAGCAGACGCCUGGGAGCAGAGGGGUCGCUGGCCCGCCGCAGUGCGUGGGGCCAUGGCGUUCCUGUCCGGGCCGCGCCUGCUGGACUCUAGCUCGCCACCGCACCUGCAGUUCAAUAAGUUCGUACUGACUGGCAACCGGCCGGCCAGCAGCGGCUCGGGCUGCCUGCGCAGCCUCUUCUACCUGCACAAUGCUGGCAACAUCUACACACACGGGCUAGCCCUGCUGGGCUUCCUGGUGCUUGUGCCAAUGACCAUGCCCUGGUCAUUGGGCAAGGAUGGCUGGCUGGGAGGUACACUUGUGUGGCCCUGUCUGGUGCCCCCUGCAGCCUCUGUGCUGUAUCACCUCUUCAUGUGCCACCAAGGAGGCAGUCCUGUGUACGCCCGGCUCCUCGCCCUGGAUAUGUGUGGGACUUGGACUGAUAUCCUUUUUCUGCUCUCUCUGCAGGGGCCCUGCCCAUCAUCCACUUGCACUCUGGCUUGCAGACCCUGGCUUCGUCCAGGCGCCCUGAUUGCUUACAGCACCCACUGUCAGGUGGUGGCUGGCUGGAGAGCCCUCACUGCCCCCUCCACCAGUGCUCGUCUUCGAGCCUUUGGUUGGCAAGCCGGGGCCCGCCUACUGGUGUUUGGGGCCCGUGGUGUAGGACUGGGCUCAGGGGCUCCAGGCUCCCUGCCCUGCUACCUGCGCAUGGAUGCAUUGGCAUUGCUUGGAGGGCUGGUGGACGUGGCACGUCUGCCAGAGCGUUGGGGGGGGCCCGGUCGCUUUGACUACUGGGGCAACUCCCACCAGAUCAUGCACCUGCUCAGCGUGGGUUCCAUUCUCCAGCUCCAUGCUGGUGUUGUACCUGACCUGCUCUGGGCUGCCCACCAUGCCUGUCCCCCAGACUGAGCUGUCUCCUAGCUGCCAAAACCAGCCUGCCCACAGCUUCCUGAGACAAAUAAUCCCACCUUCCCCUCCUUUGCUGGUCUGCAAGGGGCUGGUUCCCUGGAAGAAGCAGCACAUGGGACUUCCUGUCUGGGAGACCGCUCUUCAGUCCUCC